GACUUGCACUUCCAACAAAACAAUACUAAAGGGCAUGCUUCUGCCUUCACAAAGUCUGUCAUUAAAACUACAGGAUUAAGGGUUAUUAAGUGGCCACCUUACUCCCCAGACCUCAGUCCUAUUGAGACCAUCUGGAAUAACAUAAAGGACUAG